UGUGACGAAUGUUCUAAUAAAUUCAAAUUCAAGCUUCAUCGAUAUGCUAAUGUUCUCCAAAUGUGGUGAUGAAAUCCAUAAGCCCCAUAAACGGAGACAUUCAAUCAGAAGUUCCACAACUUUGCAGAUCGUUAGAUUGAAUAAUCAUCGUUCAUCCUUCGUUGUUCCACCAUGGAGAACAAUUUUGAUCAGGAAGGAGCUGUAUUUGUUUCUAAGGUACUACAACAUGAAUGCUGUAUUUGUUUCUUUAACACUUUAUGGAAUAGUUUCAGACUUUCAACCAACACAGAAACUUCAAUCAGGUAUCGGCAUCAGCAUCAGGGAGAUCAGUUUCAACUUCAGCGAUCAGUGUGUCAUCAAUAGUCUUCAUGGUCUUGUGUUCAUCAGGGGAUGAUCUUCAGUGACAUGAACUUCCAUCAGCAUAUCGAUAGAGUCUUCAAGGUCUUGUGCUCAUCAGGAGAUGAUCAAUUUGUCUAAGUUGUAUUAUUUUGCUAGUUUUUUUAUAAUAAAAUUAUGUAUUUGUAUUGGAGGUGCUUUUAGUGUUUUAGGGAAAUGUUUGAUUUAACACAUGGAAAUGAUAUUUGUGGAAUCACAAGUGUCAAUGUAUUAUUAUUGGUAGAAAUGCGGU